AUGAAGUUGGCAGAAGCCCUCAUCAUCAGAAAAGACAUAUAUAAGAACCUGAAGCAAUUGGAGAAUAGGAUACGGCGGAACAUCACAAUUCAAGAAGGUACUUCCGCACCAGAGAAUAGCAAUGCAUUAUUGGUAGAGUACAAUGAACAGCACAAGGAGUACGUCGGCCUUGUCGUUAAAAUCAACCUUACCAAUGCCAAGAUCUUUUUAAAAUUCUAUCACCCCAUUGAAGAGAAAGAGGUAGAAGCAACAAUGACCGAGGCGUUAGCAUUGAGGGACUACCUGAAAGAGAGAUCGUCUGCAUUAAGAGAGUUUGCUGCGGAAGCCUCCAGUUCCAGAGCUGUUUUGACAAGAACAGAAGUCAGAUUUAAAACCACAAUGAAAGCUAGUGAUAUACAAAAAGAACAAGAUAGAACCGGUAAACUUUUGCGACAGUUGGAUCUCAAGAUACAAGAAAAAAAUUGGAAUGCCGAGCUAGAAUGA